AUUUCUCAUUCACUCAGCGCUAUCUGACGCUGUCCUUCUCUCUCUCACUCUCUCCUCGGAAUCUUGUCUUUUUUUUCUCCACAGAAAACAUGCAGGGAGGAGAGGAGGAGGAGAAAAGAAGAAACGCGUUGGAGGCGACAAGAGAGAGAGGAAGCAGCAGAGAAAGUUGGUAGAGAGGAGCGAGAGGAGAGGAGAGGGGUCGACCAGAUGGGAGGAAGGAAGGAAAGGAUCUCUCCGCGGGCUCAAGUGCGCGAUUAAAGGAUCCUGCAUAAAUAAACAAAUAUAUGAAUCAAAGCCUAUAAUAAAAAAAGUGGAGUUCCAGGCGCGCCGCCGUGUUGCGUGGACGCGGACGAGAAGACAGUGGCGGUGCGCGCCGCCUGCAACACUCCUGUCUUUCUCCCUCUCUGGAUUUUACUCCUCAUGUUCUUCAAACUCUCGGUGAGGUUCACUAACUUUUGAGGUCGGCGUCUGAAAAACUUUCCCCUCCCCUCGUCCUUUCAAUUCACGCGCUCCCCGGAAAAGAAAAAGAAGCUCCGGGGUGGAAGCAGAGGAAGGAAGAGCAGUUUUUUGUUCCUUCCGAGGAGUCCAGCUCGCCUUAGCCGGGGUUUAGGCGUUGGCACCCGGGCAGGGAGUCCCUCGCCAUGGCCGGGGCCAAGCCGGGAGUCCACGCGCUGCAGCUCAAACCCUUGUCCGUCCAUGAAGCGCUGAAGAAGGGGGGCAAAUUCAUCAAAUGGGACGAGGAACCCAACAGUGGGCCCCCCACCCUGGUAACCCUGAAAGUUGACCCAGAUGGAUUCUUCCUGUACUGGACUGGAGGGUCCAACCUGGAGGUGGAGCUCCUUGACAUCAGCACCAUCAGGGACACCAGAACAGCAAAAUACGCCAAACUACCAAAGGACCCGAAGCUGCGGGAGGUGCUUGGCUUCGGCAAGGGUGACAAUGUCGAAGGGAAGCUGGUAACUGUCGUCCAUGGCAAUGACCUGGUCAACAUCUCCUUCCACAACUUCCAGGCGAUGCAGGAAGAUACAGCCAAGAUUUGGACAGAUGAGCUGUUCACUUUGGCCACAAACAUACUUUCCCAGAAUGCAUCACGGCACACGUUCCUCCUCAAAGCGUACACUAAGUUAAAGCUGCAGGUGAAUCAGGAUGGGAAGAUUCCCGUGAAGAAUAUUCUCAAGAUGUUUUCGGAUAAGAAGAGAGUGGAGACGGCUCUGGAGCAGUGUGGCCUCGUCAAUAACAGGUCAGAGGGAAUCAAGCCAGAUGAUUUCACGUGGGAGGCCUUCCAGAAGUUUCUCGACACCCUCAGUCUCCGGCCUGAGAUACAAAGCAUCUUUGAGGAAAGUGGCUCCAAGAGGAAGCCAUUCAUCUCUCUGGACCAGUUCAUGGACUUCAUUAACCGCAGGCAGCGAGACUCCAGACUGAACGAGGUGCUGUACCCCCCGCUGAAGAGAGAGCAGGUCCGACAGAUCAUGGAGAAAUAUGAGACCAACGCCAGCCAGCUGGAGAGAGACCAGAUCAGUUUGCAGGCUUUCAGUCGGUACCUGGGAGGAGAGGAAAACACCAUCGUACCUCCUGAGAGGCUGGACCUCAUCGACGAUAUGAACCAACCGCUGUCCCACUACUUUAUCAAUUCCUCGCACAACACAUACCUCACAGUGGGUCAGCUGACCGGUCUGUCGUCAGUGGAGAUGUACAGGCAGGUGCUGCUGACCGGCUGUCGCUGUGUAGAGCUGGACUGCUGGAAAGGCCGGCCGCAAGAUGAGGAGCCCUACAUCACCCACGGAUUCACCAUGACCACUGAGAUCCCAUUUAAGGAGGUGAUCGAGGCGAUAGCAGAGAGUGCUUUCAAGACCUCACCAUACCCCCUCAUCCUGUCCUUUGAAAACCACGUAGAUUCGGCCAAGCAACAGGCCAAAAUGGCAGAGUACUGCAGGACCAUCUUUGGAGAUGCCCUGCUCAUCGAUCCCCUAGAGAAAUAUCCGCUGGACCCCGGUCAGCCCCUCCCCUCACCGCAGGAGAUGAUGGGGAAGAUUCUCAUCAAAAACAAGAAGAAACACCACCACCACCGACCCUCGAGUAGUGGCAGCAUACGACGCAGAGAGCUGGAGGAGCAGUCGUCGCCCAACAACGACUGCCCUCUGACAGAUGGUGAGGGAAGCCAGCUCCUGUCUAACGGGGAGGAGAAGCUGGCUGAGAGGAUGGUCAAAGACUCGGAGCCUCGUAAAUCCAUUGGAGGUGAGGGAGAAAGUGAGGAGGAUGAGGAGGACGAACCAGCGGCAGAGUUGAAAAAGCCAAACUCCGAUGAGGGUACAGCCAGCAGUGAGGUGAACGCCACAGAGGAGAUGUCGACUCUUGUCAACUACAUUGAACCUGUCAAAUUCAAGAGCUUCGAGGUGGCGAACAAGAGGAGGAAGUACUUUGAAAUGUCGUCUUUCGUGGAAACGAAAGGCAUGGACACCCUGAAGAGCUCCCCCAUCGAGUUUGUCGAGUACAAUAAAAAUCAACUAAGCCGAAUCUAUCCUAAAGGAACAAGGGUUGACAGCUCCAACUACAUGCCUCAGCUCUUCUGGAAUGUCGGUUGCCAGAUGGUGGCGCUAAACUUCCAGACCCUGGACCUCCCUAUGCAGCUGAACAUGGGUGUGUUCGAGUACAACGGCCACAGCGGCUACCUGCUGAAACCUGAGUUCAUGAGAAGGACGGACAAACACUUUGACCCUUUUACAGAAAACAUAGUGGACGGUAUAGUCGCCAAUACCAUCAAAAUUAGGGUGAUGUCAGGUCAGUUCCUGACUGAUAAAAAGGUCGGUGUGUACGUGGAAGUGGACAUGUUUGGCCUUCCUGCUGACACCAAGAGGAAGUACAGAACCAAAACGUCCAAUGGGAACUCUCUGGACCCUGUGUGGGACGAUGACAUGUUUGUUUUUAAUAAGGUGGUCCUCCCUACACUGGCCUCUCUGAGGAUAGCAGUGUUUGAAGAAAACGGCAAGUUUAUUGGACAUCGGAUCCUCCCUGUGUCAGCCAUUAGACCUGGCUACCACUACAUCAACCUGAAGAAUGAACUGAACCAGCCCCUCCUGCUGCCCUCGCUGCUGGUUUACACUGAAGCUCAGGACUACAUCCCCAAUGAACACCAGGAAUACGCAGAGGCUCUGACCAACCCCAUUAAGCACAUCAGUCAAUUGCACAAGAGAGAGACACAGCUGGCUGUUCUCAUAGAGGACAACAGUGAGCCUGUCCCUAACCAUCCCAAAGAGGGAGAGACCAAGGGAGAGUGUGAAGUCAUUCCAGGUGGUCGACUCUCCUCCCCCUUCCACACCCUCCCCCCCUGCUCACCGGACGAAGCCCCUGACAUCCUCAAAGUACCUGCACCAGCACCAAAUCAGAAGGAAGACCUCAUAGCCACUGUGCUGGCAGACAUCCAGGCCCAGUCUAUAGAGGAACUGAGGCAGCAGAAGAGUUACAUGAAGCUGCUAAAGAAACAAAGCAAAGAGCUCAAAGAGAUGCGUAAGAAACAUCUCAAGAAGGUGUGGAAUCUGAGCAAGGAGCAGAAGAGUCGGACUAGCCAGCUUCAGUCUGACACCCAGAGGAAACGCAGUCAGAUGGAGAAGCACCUCAAACGUAGCAUCAAGAAAAACGAGCCCUAUGAGCCAGUGCAACGUGAGCUGACGGCGCUGGAUCAGGAGCUUGAGAAGCAGACGGUCCAGCUGAGGGAAUGGCAGAUGCAAGAACUGCUGAAGCUCCGACAGCAGCUCCACUCGCUGGAGAGAGAGAAGCAACAAACACACCUGCAGGAGGCCUUCCAGAAGUUAAAGGAGACGGCCAGUGAAUGCCAAGCAGCUCAGCUGAAGAAGCUCAAGGAGACGUGUGAGAAGGAGAAGAAAGAGCUCCAGAAGAUCCUGGACAGGAAGCGUCAGAACAGCAUCAGUGAAGCCAAGAGCCGCGACAAAGACAAGGCUGAAACGGACCUGAAUGAGAUCAACAGGAAACAUAUUCAAGAUUCUGUCUCCCUAAUCCGUGGGCUGGAGGAGGCUCAGACCAGGAGACAGGAAAAGCUAACACUGAGACAACGGGAGGUGCUGCAACACUUAGAUGAUGAACUUCCACAGCUCCAGUCUCAGCUGGAGAGGGACCUGGAGCAGGAGCAUCAGCGACUACCAGAGGAAAUCUGCGAGCACCUUCAGCUGGAGCUCCAAAACAAAGGUCUCCGAAAAGACGCCCUGUUCUCGCCCUUGUCCAAUCACAGCAGCCCCAGCUCCGGCUCGGGUCCACCCUCCAACUGCUCCACGCCCUCGUACCCGUCGACGCCCAAUCGGAGCAGCUGGAACAGGAGCAUGGACAAUAGCAUGGCCUCACUGGCAGAUUCCACUUCCUCGUCCACCACUCCCGUCCUGUCAGAGGCGGAGAUGUCGUUCAGUUAAAACUAUUACUUGUAAAAAAGAAAAUACAUACAGUACAUUCAACUGGGGUCUAUAAUGAUUAUAAUGUGGGAUAGUAAUGAUAUUAAUUAUUUACUAAUUUUAUUCCUUUUUUAUUACAGACUGUUUUUGUUCUUGUCUACAGAGCUAUAUUAUUUUUUAUUUUGCUGUUUUUGUCAGAUGCACAUCAUGACUUUUGUUGGAAGAUUUCAUAAGAAUCAUAACCAAACUUUUUUUUUUUAACCUUUUUUACAUUUUGUCUCUGUCUUUUUAACGUCAUGUUCUUUGAGAUCUUUUUCUUAGCAUUGUUUCCAUGUUUGUCUGCUCAGUAAGUGUUGCUGUGGUUUAUCGCCACACCACGAGCUUCAUGUUCACACUGUUUUUACGAAAGCUUUCUGUUUGUAACAGCUUUAACAACUUUAUUGAUACCUUUUGAAAGCUUUAAACAGUGUAGAGAGAGAAGCGGGGUUAGAUAACGGCUGCUUUUGCUCAGAAAAACAUUGUGACAUACAUACACCUGGCCCAAGCGUUUAAUCUUAAUGGUAAGAAAAAGUCUCACUGCAAAUUUUUGAUUUUUGGUUUGGAGCAAUGUUAGACCUAUUGCUUUAUAAAGGCCUCACAUUCUACACAUAGAUGAGGAACUAUUUAAAAACUACACAUCCUUUCCACCUUCUCAAGUAAAAAGGUAAAGGUUAGAGAAAAAUUUUCCAGAAUUGAGUAUCAAGAGGGAAAAUAAGGCAUAAUUUUUUAGAGACUUUAAAAAAAAACCUGACGUUUUUAGCUGUAAUGGCAGUAGCUGACCAGCAGGUGGUGCUGCAGCAUUUGCUGUGUAAUCUAAAUUGGUGGUUUGAACCUUCCAUUCAUGCCCGAUUAUCCUAUUAUACUGUACCCUGACACACACUCACUCAUACACCUGUCUCAGCAGGAUCUGCAGCGUCAUUGGUUGGGAAAAAAAAAUCUCUGGCCUUUAACCUCCGAUCGAAAUCCAGCCAAGGUCGCAUGGGGGGCGGUCAGCAGACAUCCAUCUGGCUAGAAACAAGUGUGUGUGUGUGUGUGUGUGUGUUUGAGGGUAAAGAAUGGUGGGUUUUAGUGACGCAACACUCACUUUCGCACACAUUCCCCACACUGUAUAUCUACUGAGGCCUCUAUGAAAGUUCUAUCCACACAUAGUGGUUUGCCACACACACACACACACACACACACGGACACAGUUUAUUGGUUCAGUGGCCAAAAGCCGGUAAAAUCCUCAUCCCAUCCAAUCUAACCCCGUUUGAAAACAGGACACGCACACACACAUUCGGGAAGAACCUCAGUAAUUUUACAAAUAUCGCAGAUUAUGAGACUCUGCAUGGCUUUGUGUGUGUGUGUGUAUGUGUGUGUGUGUUUGUGGCCAGAAGUUAAUCUCUUGAUGAGACAUCUGCUCUUGCCCACUAAAUGGAAAGAGUCCGCUCAGUGUUUGUGUGUGUGUACAUGUUUGUUAUGGCAGUUAGCUUGCCACUUUUGCAGCCUAGAGAAGGACAUUGUGCUUAAAUAGCAACGCUGCUGUAGGAGACAGUCUUCAGAUGACGACUUAAAGCUGCACUAUGACAUUUAAAGUAAAAAUGCACUCGAAAUGUGGAGUCUGAAUCCCCAAAUGAGGCAAACACAUGAGGGUAUUCACUUGACUUCUAAUCACAACACUGUAGAUUUGCUCAAUUUAACAAGUUCUAAUUGUUGUAGUGUAAGAUAAUGUGGUAAGAAGUCCUGUCACAGUUUAAUUUAACUGAAGCCUCAAAAUUCAAAGAGUUACCUCUUAUUGCCAUCAUGUGUCGCUCUGAAAAACAGUUCUCUUGUUUCCAGAAUUACCAAUGGACAAAGGAACAGCUUAUUUGCAUUUUAUUUUAGGGUAAAUAUGCCCUUAAAACAUCCCACACAAUCUCUUAUAUACUCCAUUUAUGCCAAAUAUUGAAUGUUUGAACGGUACUUUAAGUUAAAAUUCUGUGUUUCUGUCUCUGUUGAAGCUUCCUAGCUCUUUUUUUUCAUCCAUUACUGGAGACUUUUUUAACGGCACAAUGUUUUUUUUCUUUCUCGUCUUGUCUGCUUUGAGGGGUAAAAUGAUGGCACUCUGUGUUUAUGUAUUCUGUGUAUAUGUGUAGUUUUAUGUGAAUUUUACUACUGACCACAAGUGCUGGAGAGGGAUGGAGGUCAGGAGAGGUAAAGGAAGGUUGAGGGGAGUAUUUUAAUUUCUACUUUUUCCACAAAGAAAAGAUUGUUUUUUUGUUUUUUAGAUGAGAUUCAGUGAUUCCUAUCUUGUCCUCUCCCACCUCCCUCCUUCAAUAAGCACUGGCUGCCUGUCUGUCUGAUUAUUCCCCCUCUCACACAGACUUUGUAAACUCUCAUCUAUUUAAAUGGAAUUUUAACAA